AAUUACGACACAUUUUAUCGAAACGUCAUCAUAUUUAUAUUUUGUACAUCAUAGUCGAAAAAUAAUGGGCUCUCUACUGAUCGUUUCGACUAUCGUCUGUCUCUCUGGAUAUUUAACUCCGAUCCUCAUCAAGCAUGUUUUGCAAGCAACGUAUUCGAGGAACAAGACGGAUCAAACAUUGCGUUCAGAAAUGAAAAGAUUGGAGAGAGAAAUGUCGGAAGUAUCUGUUGUAAAUGAAUUUGCAAAAUUCACCAGAAUACAAAGGAGAUAUGCCAAGAUAAAGGACGAAUUGAGGGAAAACGCUUCCGAAAGAUUAUCAUCGCGGAACAAGGCACAACUGUACCUGACGUAUGGAAAUAAGCUCAUAACAGCUAUUAUAACCUUGAUACUGAUGUACUCGUAUGGAAAAGAAGCGGUUGUCGUCUUACCGCAUAAACUCAUUUGGCCGUUCGAAAAUAUAUUAAGCUGGCCGGCAUCGCAUCGGAAUUCCAUAUCUUUGACUGUAUGGAUGAUAGUCGUCAGAACGGUCAUAGAUACUUGCAAACAGGAUUAUUUCUAACAAAUUAUCACUCCAUAAAAACCCAUCCGGUCUUUCAUUAAAAUCAUAGAAUCGUCUCCCUCCGAAUGGUAAAUGCAAUGUAUGAAAACCAAAUAAACACAGCGUAUGGAAUCUA